AUGUCUCCGGAUGACGGGUCCCUUGCGGAGGAGAUUAUUAUCCCGGAAUGUCUGCUCGCGGCAGCCUCUAUCAAACAAGCCUGGGAUCAAGCACACCAACCUCGUCUUGCUCGACAGCCUGUCGCCUCCGGGCCUCACGUUCCGAAGAAGAGGCCAUCUACAUCCGGCUAUCCGGCCACUGGAGUCGAUGCAGGGGAGGAUGGGGGUGACGCUCGACGACGGCAAGCCAGUUCCUCGCUCGCUCCGGAAAUCGUCCCGGAAGAAGGAAUAGAAGCCCUGUACCCGCUCACCGAGGACAAUCCAAAUAUCGAAACUGCAUAUGAUCAUCAGCUCACACACCCAGAUGCUGUCGAGCUCCCGGACAACCACACAAUCACCCCGGAGAAUAGCAGUGGUAUCGCGCCGAUCCUUGAAUCCAAGCCCCCGUCCACUACCGAGACAGGAGGCCUGAAUCCAUUCACCACGCUGUGCUCAUCCCCAGUGCGACAGACUGUGCGCAAUGUGGUUGAGAAGGCCCGGGAGAGCAGUGUUUUGUCCGUUUACAACAAGGCUAACUUGGUAAACAUCAAGCAUGAACGCCAAUACUGGGUCCAGCUGCUGAUCGAGUAUGGGGCAUACACCCUUUUUGCGGCGUUUGUAUACUUCGUGCUGAUAGGCGUGCCCUUGUGGAAAGGUGCCGUGUAUUGGCUCUACUGGUUAAUGGAGCAUAAGUUCGUCUUCCAAGGAGGUUGGGCGAUUGUCAUCAGCUUAGUGACCUUCUACUCUUUCUCUCCUCUCCUCGCCACCUUUGAACACGACGCUCCCGAUUCGGACUUCUACCAGACUCGCCGCAUCCAACCAACUGCCCCCGACACAGCUCUUCUCAUCCCGUGCUUUCGAUCCGCGUCCGUGAUCCGCCAAACCAUCGAAGCUGCCCUGAAGAUCUUUCCACCCUCGCACAUCUACGUGAUCGCGAACGGCGACUCCAUCACCCCUAUCGACAACACCGAAGAGAUCUGUCGGCCCUACGGCGUCAAUCAUAUCUGGAGUCCGGUCGGCUCGAAAAUCGUCGCAUUGUUCGUUGGCUGCUACGCCGCCAAGCACUUCCGCUACGUCCUCCUCAUCGACGACGACUGCGUCUUGCCCCCCACCUUUCCUGUGGUCAUCUCCCGACUCUCCCCUCAAAUCCGCUGUAUCGGCUACACGAUAAAGGUCGUGGCCCCCGACGGCUCUCUUGGAUCGUACUGCCAGCAGGCACAGGAUCUGGAAUACAAGCUGGCCGGGCUGCAGCGCACCUUCGCGGGACGAGUCGGCAGCGCUACUUUCCCGCACGGGGCGAUCUCUCUCUGGGAACGUUCAUUCCUUCGAGAUGCCCUCGAGGACCAUCCCGGCUUCUCCAUCAGCGAGGACUGGUUCUUAGGGAACAGCUGUCGCCGACUCGGGGGAAGGAUCCAGAUGUGCAGCUCCGUCUUUGUGGAAACCCGCGCACCACCCGCCUUCCUGUUUCGCGAGGGGAACCAGCGACGAGGCGGAUUCGGGGAGAUGACCGUGUUCAAACAGCGCUUUAUGCGAUGGAACUUCUUUGUGGUUAAUGGUCUGCGGUAUAACAUGGCCUAUCUUUUUGGGUCCUGGAAGCUGGGCAGGUGGGAGAUUGGCGCUAAGCUUUUCGUGAUUCAGGAGUUAUACGAAACCGUCCUCAGCCUGCUCGCCCCCUUCGUCCUCCCCAUCUCUCUCAUCGUGCGCCCGAAGUUCUGCAUCGCCCUUCUACUGAGCACACUGGGUCUGUACCUCCUCAACGCCAUCGUCUUUAACGAGAUUCACCUCCGACUAAAAAACGAGCGAGUCAGUUUAAAAGUCGUCCUAUUCUACUACACCCCCUACAAAAUCCUCAUCGCCUUCAUCAACGUCGGAAGCAACUACUGGUCCCUCUUCAAAUACGCAAAAUACUUCGCCCAGAGACAUCCCAAGCUCGGCGAAGACCACAAAGCUGUUGGCUUGGUUCUUAAACUGGAGGAGAGCGCGCAGGAUCAGCACGCGGGAUCGAGUGGGCUGGGACGCAGUAUGACUGUUCGCUCGGUGGGCGUGCAUAAUAGGGGGAAUGGGAAUGCGAGUCACAGGAGUAGUCGCUUGAGCCGAAAACAAUCACAAAAGCAGAGCUGA